AAGGGGAGGAGCCAGGAGGGGCGGGGCCUUGGCUCCCUCCGCCUCUGACGUCAGCGCGCUCCCGGAAGCAGACGCAGCAGGAGGAAGAUGGCGGCCUCGGCGUCGAAGGCCGUGGCGGUGACCCUGGCGGCAGCGAAGCCGGCCGGGCUGCUGGGGGUCCCCCUCCGCAGAGCCCUGGCCUCCUCCUCUUCCUCGGGCGCCUCUCCGCCGCGGAUCAAGCGCUUCGCCGUCUACCGCUGGAGCCCGGAGAGCCCCGGGGAGAAGCCCCGCAUGCAGACCUACGAGAUGGACCUCAACAAGUGCGGGCCCAUGGUCCUGGACGCCCUGAUCAAGAUCAAGAACGAGGUGGACCCCUCCCUGACCUUCCGCCGCUCCUGCAGGGAAGGCAUCUGCGGCUCCUGCGCCAUGAACAUCGGCGGGGGCAACACGCUGGCAUGCACCAAGCGCAUUGACACCGACCUCAGCAAGGUCACCAAGAUCUACCCUCUGCCCCACAUGUUCGUGGUGAAGGACCUGGUCCCAGACCUGAGCAACUUCUAUGCCCAGUACAAAGCCAUCCAGCCUUACCUGAAGAAAAGGGACGAGUCCAAGCAAGGCAAAGAGCAGUACCUCCAGUCCAUCGAGGAUCGUGAGAAGCUGGAUGGGCUGUACGAAUGCAUCCUGUGCGCCUGCUGCAGCACCUCCUGCCCCAGCUACUGGUGGAACGGGGAUAAGUAUUUGGGGCCAGCCGUCCUCAUGCAGGCCUAUCGCUGGAUGAUUGACUCCCGGGAUGAAUACACGGAGGAGCGCCUGGCACAGCUCCAGGACCCCUUCUCCCUCUACCGCUGCCACACCAUCAUGAACUGCACUAAGACCUGCCCCAAGGGGCUGAACCCCGGCAAAGCCAUCGCAGAAAUCAAGAAGAUGAUGGCCACGUACAAGGAGAAAGCGGCCUUUGCCUGAGCCCCGGACCCUCUGCUUCGCAGCCCCACGGCUGCUGCUUCCUGCUGGGAACCGGAGGGAAUUCCUCCGGAGGGAAUGAGUGGGUUGGGGGCAGCUUUUGGUGUGUGUUCUGUCCGUAGGCGCUUGGCGCACGCGCGGCAGCCCUUCUUGGACUAAUAAAGUGCUUCUUGGUUAGCCUGC